GUAGGGUGUUAGGAGUUGAGACAAGUUUCCCCUACCAAUGUUCGCCGCUGUACCGGAACUUUGAUAUUUCCACGAGGCGCGAAAAGUUUGAACAGUUUUAUUUUUUAUUCAUACUUUUGUUUAUGGAAUUUGUGAAUUAUUAUAUGUGUUUCAAAGAAAAUAUUAUUCUUCCCUAAUCUUGAUAUCUAACCUUCCUAAUCAUUUAUAAUGUUUGUGAGGAAGGGGGCAGGUAAGCACUGGAAGUAUAGGAGGAAGCUUGCAAAUAUCAAGUCGAAAGUGUCGAUUUAUAGUUGUAAAAUUUUGUUCAAUAUAAAAUCAAAGGAAUGAAAAUGACAGCAAAAAUCCUACGACUGAUGUCUGAUGAAGCUCGAUUAAUUCUAAAUUAUUAGUUUCCAAAUCAGGAGUCGUAAGCGAAAGACUUCGAAGUAGUUAGAAAACGUAAGUUCAAAGACGUAAAAAAUGAGCGAAACAUUAAAGGCGUGGUUUCUAACGAGGCUGGGCGUGAUGCUGGAUCUACACCCGGACUUUUUUGGACUUUUUGCGAGAGACGGAACUCUGAUGGCCAAAAUUCUCCAUAGCUACAAUAUUAUCAACGACAGCCAGCUAAGUACAAUGAUCCCUACUCAUGAUCCAGCUGUUUCUCGAGUAAAUCUAAAGCACCUGAAAGUUUGGCUAAAAUUCAUCGGAGUUGAUUGUGAUGAUCAGUCCAUUCACGAAAUCUCAAAUGGAAAAGGUUGCACUGCCCUGCGACUCUUUUUCAAACUUUACUUGUCUUUAGAGAACAAGGACAGACUCCGCUUCAUUACACUCCAAAAAGAAAGAGAAAAAAUUAUUCCCACAUACACCAAAUUCAAUGUAACUAGAGUAUCUGAAGAACCUCCACCUUGUGCACCUUCUGAAAAUCCUCUGGCUGCUCCUCUAGCUGGAAAGGCUAAAACUGUUCAGUGGUAUCGAGAAAAACAAGUCAUCAUUGAUGCAUAUAAAAGGGAAAGAAAAAAGUUCAAAGAAUCUCAAAAACUGAAAAGUCAGGAAAAGUUUGAUGAAUCAGUACCUAAAGCAAAGCUUGUAGAGGUGAAGCGAAGUGAACUUAAAGACAUUGACGACUUCCAACGCAAACUCAAUACUCCAUCUGGAAUUUAUGUGGACCCAAAAAAGAAGAGAUCUCGGAAGGAUUUAAAAACUAGUGAAAUUAUGUUUAAUGCUGUGGAGGAGUAUCUGAAAAAGAUGAAGAAUCGACGCAACCAAGAGUCGACGACUAAAAAUUUCAAAGAACGAAUGCAAAAACUAUUGCUCUCUGAGGUUUGGGAGAAACUGCUUGAGGAUCAAGAAAAUAAAUUUAAUGAGAUUGUCGCCGAGAAGGUUCUCACUCAAUCUCAGUAUGAGAAACGAAUGAUCUCUAAUCUCUGCGAGAUUCGUUGUCAUAAGAAUCAAAUUGCUGAGAAUCGUCAGAUAGUAGAAAAUCUGAUGCAAAAUAUGAAAGAAAAAGAAAUUAUGGUUGAUGAUAAAAGUGAAAGAGAGAUUCAAUACAGAGAUGAAGAAGUUGUUGAGGACGAGUAUGCGAAACUUUGUGAACUUCAAAGAAGGAUGCGCGAUGAAAAAAUUCGCAAAAUUAAAGAAAAACAUGAGCAGGCGUGCUCGGCAAUUAUUAGCGAUUUAAUUGAUAUAUCAAUCAAAACUGCAGAAUGCCUAAAAGAAAAUGGCUGCAUACCCAGAUCACUCUGGAAUGAAUUUAGGGCUCUUUUUAUAAAUCAUCAACCAAUUUUUGAACCCUCAAGUGUGGAAGGAAAUGGAGGAGAAUCAGUUGGAGAAGAAGCAGCAGAAGAAGUGACUCAGUUUAAAUCAGAGAGAAAUGAUGCUUUGAACAAUUUUGAUUUCAACACCUACCACAAUUAUGAAUCACCUUGGGAUGAACAUCUUCCUGAUAUAGAUGACGAGACUGAAGAAAUUCUCAGAUUAGGAUACAUCGUGAUAGGAUACAUCGUGCAUCGAUUACUCGAAUUUUUAUACCCCUAUCCUCCGGAUCCUGAACCAGCUCCUAUACCUAAAGUGGACAAGAGUGUUAUUGUCCUUGGAGCUCCAAAUCAAGUACUUGUCACUCUUCAGCAUUUAUUAGAACCAAGUAGAAUUAAGUUAAUUUUUAUGGAAGAUGCUAUUAACUACUGCUUGAAGGCAUAUAAAGAAGAAAUGAAAGACAUCGAAUAUGUCAAUAUAAGUCCUGUAGCUUCUGGAAAUAAAGCUGGUAAACCAAAAAAAGACUCUGUGAAUAAUGUAGCAAAACCUACUCGAUCUAAAAAGCCCUCUCAGACAAAAAAUGUUGCUGAAUCAAAAUUUCUAGACAAACAAGUUCAAACUCCUAAAAAUAUACCUUAUGAAGACAUGGAUCCUACUUUAUCGGACGAUGCUUACAUUGGAAAAUGGGCUUACGAUUUCUUGAAGCUUGGACAACCCAUUUCUUAUCAGCUUAAUACGAAAAUACUAAUACAGUAUCUCAAAAGUUUGCCAAAUAUAAGAGGCUGGGCGAUUGUGGACUAUCCAAAUAACUAUCAACAGAUGGCGAGUCUUGAAUCUGCUUUAACAGGUCGUAAGUUGCCGUUUAUUAAUUUAGAUUCCGAUGCAGAUGAUUUGAUUUCCACACCAUCGAGGAUAACCUUCGAGGAUGAGAACUCUGACAAAUGUUCAAGUUACAGAAAAUCUCAACUAGUAUCCAAUCCUAUUACAAGGGCUACUUCAGAUUCGAAAACGUUUAUGACAGGUUUUAUUCGAGUUAUUCCAAAGCCAAAAGGAUUGGACGCCGAAGACAUCUUUGAAAUUCUUCCAGAGGAUGCAACACCUAUGGACACAUUUUAUGCCACAGAAAGUGUAGCUUAUGUUCUUUAUUAUUCUACUUUUGAUGUACUUACUUUGAAAAGUCUGGCAAGGCUCAUCAUAGGAGACAUGUCCUUGCCCAGAAAAGCAUCCGCGGAGCUAUUUGGAGAAGCUUUGAAGAAGCUGGAUCAGAUUCAGGAUUCGACAGCCAAACAGUCUGUUGUCAAACAAAUCAUUCCAAAAGCAUCAGAGACUUUCUCCGAUAAUUCUACCUACGAAGAGGAAGAAGAAGUCACUUCAGAAAAAAGUGAGCUACUUGUGGAGAUAAAACCAGGAGAAGAAGCUUGGGAAUGGGUUAGCUUUCCGCAGCCUGAUGAGGUUCUCGAAGCUCUAGCAGUCCUCUGGGAGAACCUGGAGUCGGUUUACGUUUCAAAUCUAAAGGACAUAUUUUUUGAAAAAAGGAUCCACUCAAAUGCUAUCCUACCUUAUAAAGGUUUUGUAGUCAAUCACAUGGAAAGUUUUAUAUCACGUCCUGAUAUAAAACAGGAAGUUUUCAAGACAUUUUAUCGUGAAUUCAAUCAAUUUGACGAUGUCGCGAGAGGGGAUUCUGCACUCAAGUGUGAGUUGCAGUGUCGUGUAGCUGAUUUGCAAACCGAAUUAUUUGAAAUUUGCGACCAAAGGAAGAAGGAAUCAGAGGAAGAGAGACAGCGACUGAUACAGAAUCAUUGGACUGCGUUGCAAACUAUAGCUCUGAUUAAUGUUUACAUAAACAUCACUCAGGUCGAGAUAGACAGAUGUAUCGAUACAGUUCAAAUGCUUCAGGAUUAUUACACCUCGAUGCUACAAAAACCUUUGGGAAAUAGACUGCCCAAAAUGCUUCUUGAACGAUUGGAUACUCCCGCUGAUAAAGCUACUCAACAACUACCGAAGGUGCCAGUAAAGGACAAGACAAAGACUAAAAAAGCUAAAAGUGAAUUUGUUUGGGAACCACCAGCCGCUGUAGAUUGUGCAUUAAUCCAGAACGAGCUCGCGGAUUUAUUGCUUGAUAUCGAGAAGAGCGAUUACGAACUUGAUCAAAAUAUCUGCUAUACUGCCGUUAAAGUGAAUAUCGAUUGUGUUGAAAAUAUUGUGGAUUCUAUUGCGUCUUUCUUCCAUGAUAUGUGGAAAAAUGAGUCAAAUCCAAAGAAGAGUAAAAAUAAAAAGUCACGCAAACCAUCAAUUGCAGCCUCAGGUGAAAAUUUAGAAAAAUAUCGAGGUUUGCUGCAAGAAUGGCGUUAUGCUACAAUGUCCGAGAUCAAGCGGAUGAAGAUAAGACUGAAGAUGUUAGACAAUGCCGUUCGUUCUGAUAUCAGUUUUCUUCUGGACACUGUUCAAAAAGAAUUUCACCGUCUAUAUAGAGAACUUGUCGAUAGAUAUGAAAGGGAGGUUAAUAGUGUUAAAGAAAUGGCAAAUGAAUUUUACUUGGCUAUCGAGGAAGAAAGGUCAAUUGAAGGAGAGAUGUUCUUUGAUGGUGAUCUAUUUGUAAUCAAAACUAACAAAGUUGAAGAACCCCCACUGAUAACAGAAGAAAUACUUCCUUUUCGAUUUAAAAUGGCACAACUGGGGCACUUAAUGGAUACUCUGCAUAAUGCUGCACCUCAAGGAAACAUCUCAAGACGUGCCCUUUUCUACAUCCUGAUGGACAUAAUAUCUCUUGGCGCAGAACAAGAUGAAAUAUUACUUCCUCCUGCGUGGUAUAAUUUAAAAACUGAACAAGUUUGUCGGAUUAUUCAGGAACUGUUUGGAAGCGAUUGUGACUAUAUCGAGUGGCGUGAGUUUAUUAUUUAUGGGAUGGAAAUCCCGAUGCCUUCUACAGAUCAACUUUUAGAAGCAAAAAAAGUCUUUGAAGCUUAUGAUCCUCAAUUGAAAGAGGUGAUCACUCGAGAACAAUUUCAUUCUGUACCAGUUUGGUUUUACAAUUCAACUGAAAUUGAUCCGAACUGUGUACAUAUUCUUCACGUGCAAUCCACUGCGGAAGUGAAUCAAGGCGAGGAAGAUGUGGGUGGUAAUUUUGAACGAAUUAGUGGCAUAAACUUGCCUUCAAAGGUGUUGAAAACGUAUGAAGAAGGUGCACAGUCAUAUGCGUCGGUUGAAGACUAUGAGCAUAUAACUCCUGGGGAAACAUUGAGAUUAAUGCUAGUCAAGAAACUCUUGUCGGAACUAUUCCUUACUCAGAAGCUCCUUAUAAAUUACAUGGACUUACUUUUUGCUUUCUGUAAAGACGAGGAUCCUAAAAAAGGUCUGGGGAAAGCUUUGGCUUUGUUCAUGGGUAAUCAGAUCUGUACGAGCUUCGAAGAUGGAGAAAAGUACGUUGCCGAACUUCUUAAGAUGAAGCGACGCGUGGCUGAAGAGCACUUUGCGAAAGAGGAAACUAAGGAGAUUAGCAAAGGUAUCGUUAAGGAUUUGCUGAAUUCAGCGAUACAAUAUGCGGAAGGAGUUAUUAUAGAGGAAGUUGUUGAACAAACAGGCCAAGAAAUUCUCCCAGGGGACGGACUAGUUCAGAUUCAGAAACUGGAUGACUCAGAAUCUGAAGAAUCUCAGCAAUGGUUACUGAAGGGAUCGGAUUCUAGUAUCAACACUUUAGGCAAUCCAUUCAGUUUUAUAACAAAGGAAUCAUUUGCAACCAGAGCGUCAAUUGCAACUCCUUUCGCGUCUUCCACAAAAACCUUCAAAAAACUUCAACCGCAUGAUAAAAGAAAUUUAAUUCACUGGAUACCAAAAGAAGUUUGUCUGAAAGUUUUGACAAAGAGGCUGGAACUGUUCUCUAAAGAUUCAGGAAUUUUACAAAGAAUUCAGGAAGAGUUAGAUGAUGUCUACGAUAGUCUUAAAGAUAAUAACCUUGAACACGAAGCAGAUAUGGUACUUUCGCAUCGACUUGUUAAUCACAGUUUUCUUGGUGUUUUGCUUACAAACAUCAGUAGUUUUACUACCAAGUAUAUGAGCAUCAUAGUAAGUAAGAUUGUAAAUGAAGAAUUAUAA